CCAGAGCCGACACUUUGCUCGAAGGCUCGAGGCUUUGUUUUAACUGGGCAACCAGUACUUGUGAAAACCGCCAUCAUGACGGAUGUGGUGGUGUGCGAAACAUCUGUGAAGUUAAAAAAGGGGGACAUCACUGCUGAAAGUACAGACGCCAUAGUAAACCUAAGUAAUGCAACACUGGACCGCAGCGCUGCUAAACUCCCCAACGACGACUGUGUUGUGACCUCAGCUGGAAAUCUGGAGUGCAGCAAAAUAAUUCAUCUCAUUGACGUCCGAUCAGACGCCAUUGUUACCUCAGUGAUGAAGGCUCUUAAGGCCUGUGAUAAGGCCAACAUGGCGACCGUCAGUCUCCCAGCAAUGGUAACAGGUAACUUAAAAGCCGAAAGAUCCAUAAGACUGAUGAUGAAAGGUAUAGAAGACUACCUAGGCGAUCCUUCUGUCAUGACCAUUAUUUCUGAGAUCGUCAUUGUUGUCUUUAAACAGGAGAUUUAUGAAAAAUAUCAACGUUUUUUUCAGAAUUACAAGAAAAAUUACCCUCACUUCUCCGCUUUUGGAAAAAUGAUAGAACUAAUCAAAGGAGACAUCACCCUUCAGGCAGUGGACUGUAUAGUGAACCUGACAAAUAAGACUUUGAAUCGAUCUCGUGGUGUUUCAGGGGCAAUACUGUCUGCCGCAGGGGACACUGUUAAGGAGGAGUGCAGCAAAAUUGGUGUUUUAGGAGCAGAUGAAGUUGUAAUUACAAGUGGCGGGAAACUCGAAAGCGAACACAUCAUGCAUAUUAUUGGCCGAAACUCUAUGCCGGCCUAUGAACCUUCCAUCGACAGGAUUCUGUAUGAAUGCCAUAAGAAUGGGUUCACGAGCGUGGCACUGCCAGCCCUUGGGACAGGCAUGGCUCAUGUAGAUGUAGCAGAAUCCAUCAAGGCCAUUCUGAACAGUAUCCUGAACUACUUAUCCGAUACCUUAAUUCCAUCCCUCGAUACAAUCUUCAUAAUUGUCAUUCAGGAAAAUAUUUACAAGAAGUAUCUUGAGGUUUUUCAAGCCAAAAGCACAGAGCUUCAGGCACUCCAAAGGGAAGAAAGGAUCGUGGCAGCAACACUUCAUGGAGUAACAUUUAGCUAUCCCAUGACAUGGACAGACAUUGCGACAAGUGAAUUUCAGGAGGUAAUACUUGACGAAAAAUCACAAGAAUACAAAAACGUCAAAGAUAAAUUCAUCAAAACCACAUUGGCGAGUAAAUAUGAAGUUACGGAGAUCAAACGUAUUCAGAACAUAAAAUUAUGGCAGAGUUUCACCAUUAACAAGCAAGCAGUGAACAGGAAGAACCCUGGCCGGAAGAAUAUAAGCCACUUGUACCAUGGCACACGUUCCGAUGCCAUUAACAACAUUAACCGUGAUGGAUUCAACCGGGUCUACUGUGGUAUGAACGGAACAUCCUAUGGGAAUGGGACCUACUUCGCAGCCAAUUCACGAUACUCUUGUAGUGACAGAUAUUCUCAUUCUGAUGCUAAUGGGAACAAAUACAUCUACCAAGCCGCAGUGAUAACCGGACGGUACUGUGUGGGAAAUUGCUCCUACAAGGAAGCUCCACAUAUCGAUGGUGACGUCAACAAAGGCCGUUAUGAUUCAGUUGUGGAUAACGUCGAGAACCCCAAAGUAUUUGUUGUUUUUCACGAUGAUGUUGCCUACCCUGAAUAUCUCAUCACCUUCAAGAAAUGCACAUCGUAAGCUGUUGAGAAGAUUGUGUCUUAGAGCAUCGUACUUUUCUAAAACAAGAUUUGUCAGAUAUCAAGGGGGUCAUUUAUUAAGCUGAAAUACACC